UAUAUCAAAUCAUGUAUAUUUUUAUAAAGAUGUAGUUUUAGUGAGUAGUUUAUGACUAAUGUAAUCAUGUAAUGAUACAAGAUGUCAAUAAAAGUUAUUUAAGUUUUCUCCAAGGCACAAAAAGAAAGCAAUUAUUUUCAUUUUAGUUCAUCAAAAAUAUAAAAAUCAUUUUAUAUGAAUGAAGUGGAUUGAGAUGAUUUAUAUUUUAUAAAAAAUAUGCAAAAUUGGUAUCUAAGCACAAUUUGGCCAUCAUUUUUUAAAAAUCUGUACAUACGAGUACACUUGUAUAAUAUAAAAAUUGUUAAUGAGUUAAACAAAUUAGUUUGUAUGUUAGGAAUGUUUUUCAACUUUCACAAAAAAUUACUAAAGAUUGAAAAGGUUAUCAGAAAAGAAGAGAGGCACUACUAUAGUACUAGUUCUGUCCUGGCUACUAUGAACAUUUUAUUAAUAAUUUAUUAUAAUGACACACUUGAAUUUUAACUGAGCCAACGGUACUUCGAAGCAAAGUGGGAUUCAGUUUCUCCACAGUUGAUUUAAGAAAUGACAUUAUAUGUAGGAAACAGUUUCAAAUUAUUUUAUAUCCUUAUACCAUUUUGUAUGUUGCUGUUGAUAUCUUUAUACACACAUUGGAAUGGAGGAGUGCAACUUUUGAAACCAGGAAUAAAACAGAAUAAACCAAAAUUUUACAUUUCGGGUGAAUAUAUCGGUCGCCUUGGAAACCUCAUGUUUGAACAUGCAAGUACAUUAGGAAUCGCAAGAUCCAACAAUUUAACUGUGUUAGUCAGUGCGCAAAAUGAACUACAUAAGUAUUUCAAUCUAUCAGCCGUGCGUACUGAGAAUGGUAUACCGGAAAAAGCAGAUUAUAUUGGUGAGAAUGGAUGUUGUAGGUUUGCAAGAAAUCUUAUGAACAUUAAACCAAAAAGGAAUGUUACAGUUCACACCUUCCUACAGAGUUUUAAAUACUUUCAAAUGAUCCAGGAGGUAAUACGACAAGAGUUUAGAUUCCACACAAAUAUCAGUGAAGCUGCAGAUAUGUUUAUUACUAAUUUUACAAAAAUGGAGAAAAAUGUAACCCUCGUAGGAAUUCAUAUUCGGCGUGGAGAUAUUCUACGACAGAAUAAAAUUGAUUUCGGAUAUACUGUUCCAAAUACUUUAUACUUCAUCAAUGCAACGGAUUAUUUCAGAAACCAAUUUUCCAAUGUGAAGUUCAUCGUUUGCACCGAUGAUCCGACAUGGUGGGAAGAAAACAUGAAUUUAACAAAUACAGUGAUAUCAAAGGGCAAGGAACCUGUGGAAGAUUUGGCGAUAUUGAGUAAAUGUGACCAUGCGAUAAUAUCAACAGGGACCUUUGGUUGGUGGGCAGCCUUCUUAGCAAAUGGAAUAACUAUAUAUUAUAACAAUUGGCCUAGGCCUAACUCACCACUUGCUAGUCAAGUUGAUCAUAUGGAUUAUUUUAUGCCACAUUGGAUUCCUAUGGGUGACAACGGUUCCCUGCCCUUGCCAAAAAUUUCUCUCUCAACUCUAGUAGCUAGUGUUUCACUAGUGAUUUCUCUAGUUCAGUGUCUCUAGUUAAUCACUCGAGAAUCACUAGUGAGAUUUUAUUGUUCUCUAGUGAUCUAUUCAAUUCCUAGUGAAUUAAGCAGCCCCAGGUCUAACACUGGGAACAUUCAGUAAUGGCUAAAAUAAUCAGGAUUCCUUUAAUUAAUGUAUUUUUGUAGAAAGUGUUAAAACAAAUAAAGUUUGCAUUCUAAUAAAGGUAUUUCUGAGUAUAGUAAAAACUUUUGAAAUUGCUGGGGGGCGUGGGUAAACCCCCCCCCCCCUCCCCGAGACCCCCUAUUCCUGUGGUCGUUCACUCCACUCAACAUGAAAUUUCGAAAUUUUUGUUUUGUAUUUUCAGUUUGAUGCCAAAUAUUACCAAAUUAACCAUCACAUAGUUUCAUAUUGACUGACGAUAUGUCAUUGUCUGUCACAUAUAUCCCAAAAAUAAUUCUUAAAUUUGAUAGGUUGAAGAACUUUGCAUAUGAAAGUUACUUUAUUUCAUGCCUAGAAAUUCCUUGUAUUUCCGAAGUUAAAACAGAUGAAAUUAAGUUGACGCGAAGCGACAUAAUUACGCUGUCCUAUGGAGUCAACUAUGACUUUGUCACAUAUCCUUGAUAUGAAUUAGUUUAAAUACCAGCAGCCUGAUUAAACAUGCAGAGGGUGUCUUGAAAGUCUUGGUUAUUUCGUUCUACGAUUUACAACAAUGACUGGUCAAAGGAUGAGUGUCUUUAAGACCCUGUAUUAGGCCCCAAGAUAUUUAGAAGAAAUUGUACAGGAUAUCAAAGAAGGGACUUUGUUUGAUAACCAGGUUCAAAAAUUAGGUCAUUCUGACCUUCAUAUUUCAAAAGGGGUGUCUAUAGCCAUUCGUUCUGUAUAAUUCAAAAGGUCCGUGUGCAGUAUGGCAAGUGAUUUUAGACGGUCAUAUCUUUCACCAUGAGUACUUUUAAAAUGUUUAAGGCAUAAGUACAGUGGUUUUUAUUAAAACAAAAUGUUUUCUUUCAAGUGAAGUCCCCAUGAUAGUAAAAUAUCAAUCCAACUCUCUGGAAAAUUAUGGAGUUAGACCCCGCCUUGUCACUUUUCGAGUUGUUUGAUUGAUAUUUUUAUCAUCAUGGUGACUUCAC